UUGCUUGUCAGUGUUUAGCGCGCGCGCAACGCCGCGGAAUAAUAAACUUUACACUUUUUUUUUUGAAUAUAACAAUUAAUAUUCGUACAAAUCAAAUAUUAAUUCAGUUAUAUGAAAACAAACAAACAAUCAAACCGAAAAUAAAGCGAGAAAGUAUUAACAAACGUUGAAAAAAGUGAAAAGUGUUUUGUCAAAUUGCAUUUUUUUUGUGUGUUUCCCCUCCAACCACAUCGAUUGCAUUUUCUUACCAAAAAACCAAAAGAAACUUCAAAUAUGCAGCAAAAGGUUGAAGAGAAGGUCGAUCCCUUGACACGCAUUCAAGAGGAAAUCAAAGAGGUGGUGCGACGUGAAGAAGAAUACCGACAGCUGGUGACCCUCACUUCCGUAUCGGGUGGCACUCCGCCUGUGGAAGUGGUGGAGUUUGAGACGUACACAGUGCAACAGGAUAACGAAGAGAAGGAACAGCCACAACAACAACAACAGCAACAGGAUCGUGGCAUUUUGGUUACAGCCCAACCUGUUGUUGCUGUCCAAACGACCAGUUUAUUGGUGCCCAUUGAUGAGCAUUCGAAUACACCCGACUCAUUGGCAUCCAGUGUGAAUAGCAGCACCAAAGAGGAGAGUCUCGAUGGUCAGCAUUCUGAUGAUUCUGGCAUAUCGGCAUCUUCCAAUAACAACAAUAAGAAUAACAAUGGUCAGGUAGCAAAGCAACCAUUGAAAUUGACCAUUGUGGGUCGUCAAGAGCAGCGUUACAUUGGACCAAAUUGUUACAAUCUAACACCAGAGCCGCCACAACAAAAACUGAAGGCACACACAACCAUAACGAGCACACCGCAUCAGCAGCAGAAGCGACAAUUUGCCUUCAAUGGCAUUGCCACCAAGGGGGUGAUGCAGCGUUUCAUUGCCUCGCAUGGCAAAGUGCAGCAAUUGGGUGGUGGAGUUGGUCUGGGUGGUCCGGUGACGCCAAUUGGCCUUAACACACCAACUUUGGCCAUCAAUAAUAAUAAUAACAAUACUAGCACUACGAUCGCCAGCAAUGGCACAUCGACGACAACUUUGAAAUUGAAUUCGCGCACUGCUUUGGCCUUUCUGGAGAAUGGAGGCAACACCCAAACCAUCGGCAGCAACAACAUCAAUGUGAACAACAACAAUAUCACAAUCAGUUCACCAACAGCAAUCGAACGCGAUUCAGAGGGUCGUCCAUUGCGUCGUGGUUAUGUGCCCGUAGAACAGAAGAUUCAACGUGAAUUACAGGAUCUGAAAUCCCGUGAAACGGAACUUAAGCGCCAGCGCAAGCUCAAUAGGCAAAAUACAUUGAAAGCCUCACUGGACAAACUACAACUGAGCACAGACGAUGAAGCCGAUGGCGAAGAGGACGAUGACGAGGAUGAUGAGGAUUCCGAAGUGGAGCAUUGCUAUGGACCAGGCAAAUUACGGAAUGCCCAGUCUACCCUAGAGCUGGAUAGAGAUUGUAACGACCAGGAAUUGACCUACAAGGCCACGGGCAAUCGUAGCCUCAAUGCCGCCGUCCUUAUUGCUGCCAAUGGGAAUAAUAACAGCAAUGGCAGCAUUUCCAUUGGCCUGCGUCCGGCCAUGUCGUUGGCCCAACUCUGUGAUCUAACACCCGAGGAGGCGCCCUCAUCGCAUCGCCUAAUUGCCCAAUGGGAGAGUCUGAUCAAGAAGAAUGCCGAAGGUGCCGCCGCGCCAAUUGAGGCGAUUAUCUGAGUGCCGAAUCCGCAUUGGAGGAUCGAUAGUAGCAGACCAAAUUAUUUGUAUUUUGUAAUUUCUAUAAUCACAAUUUAUGCCCUAACUUUUCCAUUCUAUGUAGGUUUAUAUGUGCAAAUCCUUUUUCUUUUUUUUUUGUGCCUUUCUUUUCCUCUACUUCUUGUCAACGAAUUAAUUUUAGUUAAUCGAUGGAAAUUGUAUUGCCCAUGUACUUAAUAUUGUGUAAUUUAUAUUUGAUUUACUCAUUCACACAUACAUACAUACAUAUGUUUGUGUGUAUGUGUGUGUGUAUUGCAUGUGUGUGUAAAAUGUUAUAUAAUCCUGUUGUAUAUAAUUCUUAACGAUGUUUCCAAUGCAAAUCAAAGUCCAACAAAGAUAACGACUUGCAUAUAAUUUAUUGAAAACAAAAACAAAAAACAAACUUACACAUAAAAAUAUAUAAAUAUAUAUUAUUUACAUACAUAUAUGCAAACACGAUUUAAAUAAAAGCAAAAACAAAAAGCAA